AUGCCGUCAUUCGCUUUUUGGAAAAGUACAAAACCAGAUGAGACCAGGAUAUCGCUUCUCAGCAAUGAUGCAGCGGCCGUGGAGGAGGGUGAUAUAGAAUUGUUCGUGCCGAAAAACCUCGAUCUCGAUCCAGGCAAUGACGAUUCUGGUAUCUUUUUGUUCGACGAUGAAGAUAAUUCCGAGUUGCCAAUUUCAGAACAUACACUGAGAACUGGGUCAGCAACUCAAACAUCUGCAGAGUUCCAGCCUAUCCCGGUUACACAAGAUGCUCUGCAGUCAGCGCUGACGAACGAACCUGCCUCGCCGAACCAGUUGCCCACGAAUAAUGCAGCUAUUGUUUCAUCCUCGGCAUGUUUGGCGGCGGCGAUAAUUGAGAACGCUACCCUAGAUUCAAGUGUCGAGGAAUCAGAGAUUUCCUUCUCUGACAGUCAGAAUAUUAUUCCAGAGUCACAGCCUCCUUCUAUUGCUUCAAGCAAUGACGUUCGAUCGCUAUCGCGACCGUCGCUCUUUUUAUCACGAAACGCCUCUUCAACCAAGUCGUCACCUUCAUGCCAACGCACCAAUUCUGCUUCAUCCCUACGUCAACACACUGACUCCGUCGCACAUCGCUUAUGUCGACCUGCAGAGCUGAAUCUUGGAUUGAGCACUGCGGCUGAUACAUCGAAGCCGAGAACCGAACUCGAGAAAAGAUACGAGGUGAUCCGCAAUUCCAAGACCCAGUCCAAAGCCGCUUUGCGUUCGCCCACCGACCUUCUGCAGGAUCGCUUGAACAUGUCUCGGAAGAAAAUCGAGGAGAGAGUUCGCAUCUUCACGCCUCCCAAGCCACUAAUCAACGGAUGCUUACUGCCCGGUCCAGGAGCGCAGAUGGAAACUUUCACCAGCACAUCGGUGCGUGCACAGACUGAAGCUGGGGGAAGACCAGCAUGGUGGUGCAAGUUCGACAAGCUUGUAGUCUUCGAUGGUAUUGAGACACAGGCUGACGGCGAGCUGAAGAUCCACACAAGAACGAGUAAGGGCCUGACUAUUGCACGACGUCGUGGCGAUAUGGAGAGCAUAGUCAUCCCUAUGGACUGCGUACAUUGUCAGGAAAUGUUAAAUCGAAAUGAGUGGAAGUACGAUAUGCGCGUUUGCAAGAGAAGUGUAUGCUGGGACUGCAAGGAGAGGUGCAAGUGGGAGUUCGAAGAAGAAAAGAGGAAACUGGGUAAGGUUAAAAUGACGGGUGUAGAACAAAAGACAGAUGCAAACAGGUACAGAGCGGAUAGUGUCUUGCAGGAUGAACAAGGAAUGGUAUAAGAAUCGGUGAGAAGGAUGGUACUUUAGUAAGGACAAACUG